CCUCGGUCCGCUCCUCUCUCUGGUUCAAAUCACCAAGUUAGAUCUGCUCCAUCCCUCCUAUUCAAAUCACGCAUGGAAGGAACCUUUCUUAGCAGCAACUCAGGGAGCACCGUACUCACAAAAUUAGAUCUGCUCCCUCUCUCUCCAAUUCAAAUCAUAAGAGAAAGCAUGGGAGCAGGGCUUUGGUAGCAGCAACUCAGGAGCAUGGUGCGGCACACAAGAGCUGAGUUUAGAUGACGUGACGGAGGCACGCGGCGGCGGCGGCAAUUGUGCGGUGGUGGAAGGCGACCCAGGGGUUGCAGAUGGGUGAGAAGAGGGGUUCUUCGUCAGUGAAGAAGGCGGGGCUGUUGGCGUGGGUGAGGAAUCGGUCGGCGAAGGUGAAGAUCUUCUUGGGGGUGGCGGCGGCGCUGGCGGCUCUGGUGGCUCUCAGGCUCGCCGUCAAGGACCGGAACCACUUCUUCGUCGCCGCAGAAGCCAUCCACUUCGCCGGAAUAUUGGUCUUGAUUUACAAACUCAUCCGCAAGAAGACCUGCUCUGGGUUGUCCCUCAAGUCUCAGGAGCUCACAGCUCUAUUUUUAGGUAUAAGAUUGUACCUCAGCUUUAUUAUGGAAGCUGACAUACACACCAUGCUAGAUUUCGUCACACUUGUCUCAACUUUGUGGGUUAUAUACAUGAUAAGAUUUAAGUUGAAGUAUACGUACAUGGCGGAGCUAGACAAAACACCCAUAUCCUACAUAAUUGCGCCUUCAGCAGUUUUAGCUGUGUUUGUCCAUCCAUACACUGUUAUUAAUUUUAAAAUCCAUAGAAUGGCAUGGGCAUUUUGUGUGUACUUGGAAUCUGUCACGGUGCUGCCCCAGCUUCACAUGAUGCAAAAAGCUAAGCUUAUUGAACCGUUUACAGCCCAUUAUGUGUUUGCUUUGGGUGUGGCAAGAUUUCUUGAAUGUGCUCAUUGGAUCAUUCAGAUAUACGAGUCUGGUGGGAGUUACUUGUAUUUAGUCGGAAGUGGAUAUCUUUGGGUACCCGCUAUAUAUGUAGCAGAAAUGGUUCAAACGUUCAUUUUGGCAGAUUUUUGCUAUUAUUAUGUCAAAAGUGUUGUAAGCGGAAAACUUCUCGUCACCCUCCAAUCACCAGUCUAAGAUUGUACGUGAUAAUAUCUUAGAGUUAUAUAUGUUGGCAAUUGUAACGUUUGCUCAUGUUCUAUUUAUACAUGAUUAUUCAAUAUAGUUUGUGUUUCUUUUGGGUGUAGCAAAAACAUGUACCUGGUUUUAUUGAAAUGGAAUAUGAUAGAUAUUCUUACAUAAAAUAACACAUAACAAAACAAAACUGGUAAGCAUUGUUGCAAUUCUCCAAGGGAAAGUUUCGUGUGAAUUGUAUGUUUAACCUCUUAUGGUUAUGGA